AUGGAUUCUGUUUCUGUAUGUAAUAUAGAUAGUAAUUGUACGGCUGACGUUAAUAACGGUCGUCCGGAUGUAAAUGCUGUUAAAUUAGCUGGAAAUUUAGGUCAAGGGAGCACAAGAGAAUCUAUGGUGUGUGAUGAAGUUGCUGGAAAUAGUGAGUUGUAUAAAGGGCUCGGUGUGGAUAAUUUAUAUGAUCAUAAGACGCCAAUUUUAGCGAAUGGCGACCGAAUAAUUAAUAAAGAGAUGCCGAAUUUGAAAGGGGACUCGAAAUUACACGGAAAUAAGGAAAUUCAAACUGGGAAGCUUGAGGAGCUUGUCGGGGAAAGUGAUGACUCGGUUCUUUCUCCCGAGCCCAGUUCACCCACAGAGAUAGAAUUUUCCGGAGAUGGUAUUAACUUGUUCGUGGAGGUUUUUGGUCCUUUAGAUGGUCUGUCUGAGGGUAAUGACAAUAGCAGUGUGAAGGAGGAAGUUGAAGAGUGUUCGCUUGAAAAUAAUGAAAAUAUUAAACGAUUGAUUUUCAAUAAUGAGAGGGAGAACAAAGUCGAUGAACAGGACUGCACGUUCGAUGUGGGAGACUUGGUUUGGGCUAAAACCCGAACACCGAUUUGGUGGCCCGGGAUAAUAACCGAUCCUUCGAGUGACGAAACAAAAUCUGAAAAAAAGGGUGCCUACCUCGUCAAAUGCUUUGGACCUUCAACUCUCGUUUGGCGCAAUAAUUCGGACUUGAAGCCUUUUAUCGAGUAUUAUGAACAGUUAUCGGGUCAGAACACUUCUAGAAGCUUCUGUGGUUCGGUCGAGAAGGCUCUGUUUGAGGUCGGUCAGCGUGUGAAGUCGAAGAUGACGUGCCCUUGCUUUUCAAAAGAAAGCUUUAAUCCCAAGUCUACAAAUGGUAAAACUGAUGAUGAUGUUCUAUCCUUGUCUGGCUUUAAUCCCACGUCAUUCUUGACGGGCAUCCAGAAUUUCGCCAGCUUAGCUUGUUCGCCUGGUAAAAUCGAGUUCAUCGUGGCGAAAAAUCGUCUCUCGUCGUUUUACCGUUCGACUGGUCAUCGUGAGCUGUCUAUGGAAGUGCUCUGUGCUCGGGAUGGGUUGUUAUGUGAAGUCAAAGUUGAAGGCCGUGAAAAAUCCUCGAGGGCUAAAAAGAAGAGAAACCCGAGUGAUUAUGAUGACCUUGCUUCUGCUGAUAAAGUAUCUUCCAGUAAAGGCUCCGAAUCUCGGGAAAGGAAAAGGAGCAAAUUUUUAUCCUAUCCUUUUGAAGAUCUGAAGCAUGGUUCGAGUUCAAUGAAGAAAAAGUCGAAAAAAUCUAUGCAAGUGCGUCAUGUCGUGAGUAAAGCAGACGACAUUAAUGCUCCUUCAAACGAAUUGCUGGCUGAACUCCGCUCGGCGGUUUGUGAUCCCUUUUAUCUCGAGGGAAGCAAAUAUUCCGAUUCGUUAAAAAGAUUUUACUAUAGUUUUAGGUCGUAUGCUUUUCUGGAUGCUGAUAUAGGCGAUAAGGAGGCUCGAGCCAAGCAGGUAACGAAAUCCGAGAGGAACCAUCCCAAUAAUUCUUGCAAGGAAACUAAAGCGGUGAAGAAAAAAACUAAAGUGCUGAAACAAGAAUCUGAAAAUUCAAGCUCGAAUCUUGAUUCCGUCAAAAAAUCACCGAAAAUGGAUAAUCCAGAAGCUUGCAAGGAAGCUAAAGCGCCGAAGAAGAAAACUAAGGUGCCGAAACAAGAAUCUGAAAAAUCAAGCUCGAAUCUUGAUUUCGUUCACACAUUACCGGAAGUGAAUAAUUUAGAAGCUUGCAAGGAAACUAAAGCACUGGAGAUAACAACUAAGGCGCUGAAACAAGAAUCUGAAAAUUCAAGCUCGAUUCUUGAUCCCGUCAGCAAAUUACCAAAUAUAGAUAAUCCAGAAGCAAAAGGAAGUAGUGUCUUACAUACGAGUGCAGAAAAAGUGGAGCUAUGGGUCACAUCAGCUGGUUUGGAGUUGAAAAGCUCCCUGGGUUUGGGCACAAAUGUUAAUAAUCACAAUGGUUCAUGUAUGAUUAGCUUCCUCCAGCCUAGCCCCGAUAAGAAUAAUAACGAGCCGAACCACCCACUUUCAGGAUUGCCCGACUUGAACAAAAACAGCCCUUUCCCAGACGAGCAGGUUCCACUCAGCGAGCAUUCACGAAUAUCAAAAAUCGGUCUUGAUCGGUCAUCCUUUUCAUCCUCAACACCUUCAAAAGAGGCGGUGGGACCCACUCCUUCCCCAAAUAUCCAGCAAUUCACUAAUGGCGUCAUGAGUACUUGGCCUGGCCUGUUUGCUGUACAGCCUCCGCCCCCCAAAAUGGAGAGAUUUUUUUCCCCCCAAACGGAAUUCGAUAAAGGAAAAGCAGAGGAAAUCAACAAAGCGUCUCGAUUUCCCAAUGGGGUCGAGAAUUUACCUGGAGCAAACCCACCGCCGGUACAAACCACCGCUGCCCCCGGUGGAACUAACGUCUCGUCGUCAGACGGAAAGCAGCCGCAAAAACGGGCCCGCAAGGAAGAUCCAGGUGGCAGCCUUGUCUUGAAAUUCGAGCCGGGUUUUCCCCUGCCUUCCCCCGAAACACUGUCCGCAAAAUUCUCGCGGUACGGUUUGGUGAAGAAGUCCGAAAUACGUGCCCUUGACGAGACGAGCGUUGAGAUCCCUUACGUAAGGACACCCGAUUUGUGUUUUGCCCAUCGGAGCCUAGAGAGCAGCGAACACCCGUUCGGGAAGGCCCUCGUGGGCUUCGAGCUAAACUGUCCCCACUUGAAGCUGGAGAAAAAGCCGCGAAAAAGCCCAGUUCUCACGGUUGGGCCCAUGACCAAGAUGCCAGUUUGGCGUGCGUUGGAGAUGCCCAGGAUGCCAGCUAGGCCCGUCGAGGUGGCGCACAGGGUGCCAGCUGGGCCUGCGGCUGGGGCUCCGCCCGAUAUUGCAUUUAUGAAGAAGAAUGUUGAGAUGAUGAAAUCGACUCUGGAGAAAAUGGGGGAUGAGAUCCAGCCGGACGUGAGAGCUAAGUUGGAGAAUGAGAUUCGGGCUUUUCUCGACAAGAUCGCGAAUGUGACCGGCAGCUCGUCCUCAACUUGA